AGACAAAAUUAGGAACAACCGCAUCAUAAUAAGUAGGAAAAGAAACUUGAAGAAAAUACUAUAAUGACAUGAAGAAAGGAAAGAGCUUAAAGGUGGCGGAGUGUAAUACCGUGACGUUCAAUGCUGUAGUGUUAAUAGUUGCGUUUUUGACGAGUUUGUAGAACAGCUCAUCUCCUGCCACCCACCUGUUGUCAAGUUUUCAAGUUUCAUGAGCCAGCCACUGCCCCAUAUACCCAAUACUGUGUGGCUGGACCCUACCAAGCAUGGCAUGGCGUGUUAUUCCUCUCUUCGCUAUUCUUUUAGGCUCUCGGGCCAGUUGGAGCCCAAGAAUUCGGAGGUUAUCGACGUUCAACCCCUCAUUUUGCCGAAACCUCUCCGCCAAAAGACGGGAUGAGUCGGAGAAUGACGAGCCAUUCCAAUACGAAACUCUCCCCUCACCAACACAGUGGAUCCGACUGCUGAGAAUUGAGCCGUCUCCUCGCGCCAGCGACCCAAUUAUCUGCCUCCUUGAAGACCGUAGACUGGCAGAUGGGGGAGAAGACUACGAGGCAUUGUCGUAUGUCUGGGGCGACGAUCCCGCCGAGUGCAACAUCUCCAUCAACGCCAGACCAGCGUUUCACUCAGAUCAAACAGAGCAGAUAUGGGCCCAUAUCUGAUUUGACCGAUGAAUACGGGACCAUUAUCUGUUUGAUUUGAUAGAUUUG